AUUUAUUUUUCCAUACAAAUCUAAUGCUUGCUGUAACACUGAUAGUAUGUCUUGUCCUACAUGCAUAUGUGUGUAUCAUGGACCUGACUCUGAUGUGAUUUGAAAGUGUAAAUAAAUAAAUAGUUUGUUAUGUUUGUUUGUUUGUAUGGAUAUCAUUUCAAAAGUUGUUCCUUAAGAUGUGCAGCUUUAAAUCAGUGCACCCAGAGUGACUUAAUUGUAGUCCCUGUCAGUCACUCUUGGUCCAGUGACGGAAUGGGAAUGCAGUAGUGUUAAAUCAAAUCAGCUACAUAAACAUAUUUUUCCUCCUGUUGACCCGGGUAUUUUAUUUUUUAUUUUAAACGUUUUAAAUUACAUAUUACUAUUUACAAAGGAAUUAAUUUAUACUUUUGAGGAUCUGGUAUUUAAAGCUUGAAUUGCUGACACUAAAAAUUCUGUAACACUUUUGUGAAGACGUAUAAUGAAGGCGCACCCCUUUUUAAGGAUCAUUAAUCCAACAGCCUCUGGGUGUUUAUCUGGAGCACCAGACAGACAAAUAUAGCUAUAGUCUUUUCUAUCGUAUGAGGUCGCUAGAUCUAUUGUGAUAAAUUGUGAUGGGUAUUUUCAUCAAAUAGAUUCCAGAGAUAUCAGUUGAGGGACGGAGGGUGUGACAAUGUGAGCCUGGCAGGCAUUUGGUUUGUAUAAAGGCAUUGGCUCCCCCAUGAUGGGCCUUACAUUCAUCAAUGCUAUAGUGUUUGGUGUUCAGGGAAACACCAUUCGUUUGCUGGGACAUGACACCCCCAUGAACCAGUUCCUUGCUGGCGCAGCAGCGGGUGCUCUUCAGUGUGUCCUCUGCUGCCCCAUGGAGCUGGCCAAAACCCGCAUGCAAAUGCAGGGUACCGGAGAGAAGAAGUCCUCCAGGAGGUUGUACAAAAAUUCCCUGGACUGCUUGGUACGCAUUUAUAAACGUGAGGGUCUGGUGGGAGUAAACAGAGGCAUGGUGACAACAUUAAUCCGCGAAACACCUGGCUUUGGAGUGUAUUUCCUGGCCUACGAUGUGCUGACCCGCAGCAUUGGCUGUGAGCCCAAUGACCGUUACAUGAUCCCCAAACUGCUGUUUGCCGGGGGCAUGGCUGGCAUCGCCUCCUGGCUCUCCACCUACCCUGUGGAUGUGAUUAAGUCACGGCUGCAGGCAGAUGGAGUGGGCGGAGUCAACCAGUACAGCAGCAUUGCUGACUGUGUGAGACAGAGUGUCAGGAAAGAGGGCUACAUGGUGUUCACACGGGGCCUCACCUCCACACUGCUGCGAGCCUUCCCCGUGAAUGCAGCGACCUUUGCCACAGUCACCCUGGUUCUCAUGUACGCUCGAGGGGACCAAGCAGGACCACAGGAAUGUGAGCCGGCUCAGACGAGCCACCACGCACAGAUACAGUCACAGAGCCAACCUUCCAGCCUGUGACGGCACUGACACAUCACACUCAAUCUCGGCACUUUACAAGAGCAUUGAAAGAUGAGUUCUACAGUCCAACCCUUCAUGAAUGUGUGACUCAUGCAAUAGAGUCGUUCCCAGUCUCGAGGCAGAAAUAAAAACAUCGGAAUGGUGU